AUGCAUCUGGUUUCUAUUGGCCUUGUUCAUACAAUUGCCAAUGAAAAUACGGCUACAAGCCAAGAUCAAGCUAAGGCUAUUAUUUUCAUUCGUCACCAUCUGGACAUUCCUUUACAGUCCGAAUAUUUGACGGAUUUUAAAACUGUUACAGAGUACAACUCUGCUAUCCAUCAGAUUACAUCUCAGUUAAAACUCUGCGGAGAAAAUGUUACUGAGAAUGAUAAAUUGGAAAAGACUCUCUCUACCUUCCAUGUUUCUAAUUCCACUGGUUCCAGUCCGUUCUUUGAAACGAACAUGACAUUUUCUAAACGAGGCCGUGGACGUGGUAGAGGCCGUGGACGUGGUCGAGGUCGUGAGAGUCAAUGCAGUCGAUAUACCCCUUACAAUCACCCUGAUUUUGACAUUAACAGGAAGCAGAGUAAACCCCAAUAUGGGGAUAUAGCCGAAAAGGCUAAACUGGAGAAGAGGCAAAUCGGCAUUUGUAAUCGGUGUGGCAUUGAAGGCUAUUGGGUCAAUACUUACAGAACAACCAAACACCUAGCCGAUCUUUAUCAAGCCUCACUGCAGAAAAAGGGGAAGAAGAUCGAAACUAAUCACGUUGAUAAUGAUGAUGACCCCGAUGAUGAUCUUUUGGAUUACGACACAACGCAUCUUGAUAUAGCGGAUUUUGUCGUAGAUCUAGCAAAUCCCCAGUGA